AGCAGCAGACGCAUGCUCAGCUGCUGCGCUGAAACAGCUCCGACUGCGCAUGCGUGGACCCCCACCACUCUAACGCUGAUAAUACACACAUUGCUCAUUUGCCUCACGUCUGAAGUGAUAGAGUUCAGAAGGUAGUUUACUCUGCGACUGUACCUUGCCAUUAGCCCCUUUUUUACGUUAGCCGCCGACCCCGCUACAUGAGGAGGAAGUGAGAUUUAAAUGUUUCCUCGUUAGCUGUCACAACAGUUUCUGCAUGUGUGUAUUGUGAUUAGUGUGACAGAAACAAGGCACUUGUCGCCUCCAAUUGCAAGGCAAAUAAAGACAAACAAUAAUUGAUAUUUACACGCAGGGACAAUUUCAAGUUAACCUAGCGUGCAUAUUUUUUGUGUGGGAAGAAGAAGGGCAUAAGGAAAGCUGGAGAAAAGCUACACCAGCACAGGGUGUACAUCGCCUCUGCUCACCUGUGACACUAGCAGUAGAAAAUUUGGAUGGAAGAGAAGGCAUAAUUAACCGAUAUCCUAUCGACUUUGAGUGACAUUAUAAUAAUGUGAAAUGUGCUCGAUAAAGAUUGGGAAGCAUUGCUGUGGCGCCUGUGCCAUUUGUAUUAUUACCUUCCUUUGCACCGAACAUAUUUCCUCUUUCACUUCAAUGUAGGCGUGACAAUGACUUGAAGUGUGGCAGCUACAUUGAUUAAAUUAACAAGUAAACUACACGUCCUGAUGUGCCGCUUGCUGCUGAUCCUUGCAGAUUUAACACUUUGACCGUAUAUAAACGCGCUCGUGUAGUUUAAGCUGAAAUCAGAAGAGUGCACCGUAUCAAUAGCCUCUUGUUUUUAGUAAGGUGUCAUUAAAAUCUCCAGUUCCUCCGCUGAAGAGGAGCCCAGCUUUGGGAUUGGGUAGCGAGCAGAUAGCGUAACAUCCCCCUCCUCCUCUCUGUUGAGAAUUGCGUUAAAACGAAAAAGGAUAGGCCUGCGUUUUAUCAAUAUAACAGAACACAUUUGUUUUUUUUAAUUUUUAUUUUCCUUACUUCUGAAUAAAACGAGGACGCGUUGCUGGCUGGUGUAUGUGUUUAGAAUGGGACACGCUGAAGCGCCACUACCGAUGCAUGCUCUCGUCCAUCCGUCGCCGGUUCAAGCCUUUUGCAGUGGCUGCUCGCUUCUUUUUCAAGCACAUUUCCCCCAAAGCGCCAGUGAUGGAGGAAUAAUCACGCCAGACAGGCAGCCAUAUUGGCAAUGUACCGUUAGCGUAGCUAGAGUUAGCCUUCCCCUCUUUUCAUCUUACUCAGAUUGCCGUGUGCUCUAACAUGCGCUUUGCGUGCAUUAAACGCGCGGGCCGAUACAUUAAAUGCGUCAACACGGUCUGGUGUGUGUAUUUUAAAUUGCCACAACUCUCAGAAAAUAGCCCAAGACGAUCAUUUUGUAGCUGUGUAGCUUUAAUGCUAACAUCCCACAAGGCUAGAAGAUCAUCCAGUGAGACAAUUGUCUGCGCAGAUGUUUUUCCUCCCGAUUUCAGUCACACGUGUAACCAAGCGUUAUAUAUACUCAGUAUAUCUCAUUAAAAAUGACCCCUUGCCGUGCUUUUCGUGUUUUUGUGACCGCUGUACGGCACCACACGGAUGUUUACAUCACUAUUAUGCACCUUCGUUCACACGUUCAACCACAGUCAGCCUCCUCACCCCUCUCGACACUUAAAACGCAAUAAAAGUGUCAACAAACUGGUGUGAAAAAGAUACCGGACAUUGCUCUUUGUUUUGUUCGGAGAUAACAGACCACCGUGUGUUUGUGUUGGCCCCCUAAACACACCAUGGGAAGCCUAGAAGUGACCAGAACCCACAACAGCAAGUAAUAGAAGCUAAUUGGGUUUGUUUUGAUGACGAGUUUCGUUAUAAUUAACAUGCUACCAUGCCAUUAACUGAAAGUGGCACUUUCUUAAGAUAUGGGGAGACAUGUUCAGAAUAUGUUUAUAAUUGUAGUUCAUAAUUUCUGGCUGUAAUAUUUUAGCUGCUAGUCAUUAAACUGUUGUGGAAAGAUAUAGAGAAUAUGUUUUUCAUUUUCAAUUCAAGUAUUUUUCGAGACCUAUAGGGCAUGACGUUUAGGUGUGUUUAGAGGGUGCAACUGUGCAUCACUAGUGCACGUGAAUUAUUCAACUGUACAGGUCCAGUCAAAGAAAAAGACAGUUAAGGAUGCCGGAGCCCAACAAUGGAUUUCUCCUUCUCUUUCAUGCAAGGGAUCAUGGGAAAUACAAUUCAACAACCCCCUCAGCUUAUUGACUCAGCCAACAUCAGACAGGACGGCACCUGCGACACUGGCAGUGACCCUGGCGAGGAUGGCGGUCCCUCCUAUGAUGCGGCCCUUGAUGCGGACUUCUACCCCCACUCCGCGUCAGAGGACCUGCCACACGUCUCCAACGGCUACCCGCCGGGUCUGGGCAUAUAUGAACCACAGUCCAAAUUCUCAAUGUACUCGCAGUUCCCCAAUGGUUCGGCUAACGGUUAUGGGCCCAUACGCAGCUAUGCGGAGCAUGGCCUCCUCAUGCCAGGGGAGAGCACGGUGCUAAGGGGCCCCGGUCUCCAGGAAAGACCUCGUUCCCCUGUUUCGCCACCGCUGCCCACCCAUCACCCACACUUGCACCACCACCAUCAUCACCAUCACCUCCCCCACGCGCACCACUUCCUGUCAAACACGCCCCACAUCCAAAGCCACCCGCAGAGCCCCCCGCCGCUGCCCCUGCCCACCCAGCACCACCUUCCCCACACACCUCACAUCAUGACCCACACGCUGCCUCCUCCUCCACCCUUACACCUGCCCUCGUCCAGCCCUCCCCCCUCCCUUGUGGACAGUACGCCCUCUUCGCAGCCCGUUCACCCCCCUCCCAGUGCUUCCACGGGAGUGCUGAAGAAAACCAGCUCCCCUGAGAUCAAGCUGAAGAUCAUCAAGACGUAUCAGAAUGGCAAAGAGUUGUUUGAAACAGCACUGUGCGGAGAUUUGCUGCAGGAACUGCAGAAGGAAUCUCAGCAGAAAGAGGCGGCUCAGGUGCAGCGACGACACGAAAGGAAGAAGGAGAAGAGGAAAAAGAGUGCAAAACUGCAGCUCCACAUCCAGGAGCAGAAUUUGGACCCUGUCCAAGGCCAGGCGGGUACCACGGGCCAGACGGAGGACACCUACGUCCAGCCGCUGCCAAGAGAGCCUCCGACGGACCAGACGGAGAAGCCUCAGAAGACCGUUAUCCAAACUGAACCAAAGGUUCCGAAAGUCAAUCAACCCUCAGUGAUCCAAGAGACAGGAUUCUGCAAAGAGUUUGUCAUUGGAGAUCUAGUGUGGUCCAAGGUGGGCACCUACCCAUGGUGGCCUUGCAUGGUUUCUUCCGACCCACAGAUGAAGGUGCACACGCGCAUCAAUACAAGAGGUCACCGAGAGUACCACGUCCAGUUUUUUGGCAGCGUAGCAGAGCGAGCGUGGAUCCACGAGAAGAGAAUCGUUGUAUACCAGGGCAAGCAACAAUUUGAUGAGCUCCAGGCGGACACGCUGCGCAAGACCACAAACACUGUGGAAAAACACAAACUUCUGAAGCCUAUCCCUCAGAGGGAGCGCGCUCAAUGGGAAGUCGGCGUAGGCCACGCAGAGGAUGCCUUCCUGAUGACGCGUCAGGAGCGCAUUGACAAUUACACUUUCAUUUACGUCGACCCGGUCCCUAAUGAGACCCCAAUCGCCAAGAAACCCGUCGGCCGGCCUGAGAAGCGGAACCGGCGCUCCAGCGGUUCAACCACCAAGAAAGACGACGGAGGAGUGAAGUCACCCGAGAGAGAGCAGCCGCCAAGGAGACAGCUGCCGCGUCGGCAGUGUAGUAUUUCAAACCCAGACGACAAUAAUGGCCCGAAUGAGAAGAAGAACUUGAGGGGUGACCAGAGUAAGCCUGACUCCCCUCAACGGGACAAUGGUUCCGAUGCGGGAGCCAAGCAGGAUUCCCCCCCACCAGUCAGGGCAUGGAAAACUGCAGCAGCGAGAAAGCUGCUGCCUCUCUCCAUUACCAUGAAGAGGUUGAAUGUGGAGAUCACAAAGUGUGAUUGGCCUCUGCUGCAGAAAAAAAUGGCUCCAUCACCUAAAAAAGAAGUCGAGAAGGAUGAGGAGGAAGAAGAGGAGGUGGAGGAGGAGAGAGUGGAGGGAGAAGGCAGGCAGCCUGAUCUGGGCUACUGUUCACCUGAGCAGGAAAACCGAGCCAAACCUGAGCCCAGUCCCGAGGAGGACGAAGAUAUGGACGAUAUGGAGGAAGAAGGGGAGGAAAGGAGAGAAUCUCCCGCCAGUCGGAGAAGCGAAGAAGGCGGAACGCAGCCCACCUCCUCUCCUGGCUCUCAUCACAGCAGUCCACAUGGUUCUCAAGAGAGGAAGCUGCAGCGGCGGUCCGUCAGAAGCAGAUCGGAGUCCGAGAGAGGCAAUGACCCCGUCCCGAAGAAGAAAACCAAAAAGGAACAGGCAGAGAUGGCGCCCGAGGCAACACCGAGGGCAGGUUCCCAGAAAGGAGCCAGUGAGAUAUCUGAUGCCUGCAAACCGCUGAAGAAGCGGAGUCGAGCCUCCACAGACGUGGAGAUGGCCUCCUCUCAGUAUAGAGACACGUCGGAUUCAGAUUCCAGAGGCCUCAACGAUCCUCAGGGCUUAUUUGGGAAGAGUCUUGAUAGUCCAGCUGCUGCAGAUGCAGAUGCCUCAGACACUCAGUCUGUGGACUCUGGAUUGUCUCGUCAGGACGGUAGCACCGGGAAGAGGGACACUGUCUGCCAGAUUUGCGAGGUCUACGGUGAGAAUUUGGUGGUGUGUGAAGGUGACUGCAACAGGCAGUUCCACCUCGAGUGUCUCGGUCUAACGUCCCUACCUGAAGGAAGGUUCACGUGCCUGGAAUGUAGAAACGGGAAUCACCAAUGUUUCAGCUGUAAGAAAGCAAGCCAGGAGGUGACACGUUGUUCCGUGACGGGCUGCGGAUGUUACUACCAUGAGGAUUGUGUACGUAAACUACCAGGUACUACCAACAACACUGGCGGAGCCUUCAUCUGCCCUCAGCACAGCUGCGCCACCUGCUGUCUGGAGCGAGACCUGCAGCGAGCCAGCAAAGGUCGCCUGAUGCGUUGUAUCCGCUGCCCAGUGGCAUAUCACACAGGCGACAGCUGUGUGGCGGCGGGCAGCGCCAUCCUCACUCACCAUAUCAUGAUCUGCAGUAGCCACGGCAGCACCAAGAAGAACGGCCUCCUCACUUCCCCCGUCAACGUGGGCUGGUGCUUCCUGUGUGCCAGAGGGCUGUUAGUGCAAGACCUUACUGACACCAUAUUAAGUUCAUAUGCCUAUAAGUCCCACUACCUUCUGACUGAGUCAAAUCGUGCUGAGUUGAAAUUACCUAUGAUUCCCUCUCCUUCGUCAGCUACCAAAAAGAAUGUUGGGAAAGGAGGCAAGUUGCUGUGCUGCGACUCCUGCCCGGCUUCCUUCCACCCGGAGUGUUUGGAGAUGGAGAUGCCUGAGGGGCCUUGGUCCUGCAGCGAUUGUAGGGCCGGCAAGAAACCUCACUACAAACAAAUUGUCUGGGUCAAACUGGGAAACUACAGGUGGUGGCCAGCUGAGAUCUGCAACCCUCGCUUGGUGCCGUCGAACAUCCAGAGCCUUCGUCACGAUAUUGGUGACUUCCCCGUCUUUUUCUUCGGUUCCCAUGACUACUACUGGAUCAAUCAGGGCCGUGUCUUCCCUUACGUCGAGAACGACAAAAACUUUGUGACUGGUCAGAUCAACAUCAACAAGACUUUUAAGAAAGCUCUGGAAGAAGCAGCCCGGAGAUUUCAGGAGCUCAAGGCCCAGAGGGAGAGCAGGGAGGCUUUAGAGCAGGAGCGCAACUCUCGCAAACCACCUCCCUACAAAUUCAUCAAGUCCAACAAACCUGUGGGGAAAGUGCACAUGCACGUAGCUGACUUAUCCGAAAUUCCACGCUGCAACUGCCGGCCUGCAGACGAGCACCCGUGCAGCCUCGACUCUCAGUGUCUCAACCGCAUGCUGCAGUACGAGUGCCACCCUCAGGUAUGUCCUGCAGGAGAGAAUUGUGAGAACCAGUGUUUCUCUAAGCGCCUCUAUGCGGAGACGGAGGUGAUCAAGACAGAGGAUCGUGGAUGGGGCCUCAGAACCAACCAGGCUCUGAGGAAGGGUGACUUUGUGACCGAGUAUGUCGGAGAAGUCAUCGACUCGGACGAGUGUCAGCAGCGAAUUAAACGCGCCCACGAAAACCACGUCACCAACUUCUACAUGCUAACCCUUACUAAGGAUCGUGUGAUCGACGCCGGUCCAAAAGGAAAUUCUUCCCGGUUCAUUAACCACAGCUGCAGCCCCAACUGUGAAACCCAAAAGUGGACGGUCAAUGGCGAUGUCCGCAUUGGACUCUUUGCUCUCUGCGAUAUAGAGGCUGGCACCGAGAUGACAUUCAAUUAUAACCUGCACUGCGUGGGCAACAGGAGAACAUCUUGCCACUGUGGAUCAGACAACUGCUCAGGUUUCCUCGGGGUGCAGCCGACUAGUGCUGUGGUGCAGGAGAAAGAGGAGAAGGCCAGGAAUGCCAAGCUGAGGCAGAAAAAGCGGAAACUGCGGCUGGAGGGCAAACACACGCACGAGUACUUCUGCUUUUGCUGCGGAGAGGGAGGAGAGCUGGUGAUGUGUGACAGGAAGGAGUGUCCCAAGGCGUACCACCUCCUGUGUCUCAACCUCACCAAGCCGCCAUAUGGUCGUUGGGAAUGUCCCUGGCACGACUGCAGUAUCUGUGGCACGCCGGCCUCAUCUCUCUGUGACUUCUGCCCUCGCUCCUUCUGCCCGGACCAUGAGGCGGGGGCGCUUACCGCCUCUUCGCUGGAGAGCCGCCCCUGUUGUUCCAGCCACAACCCCCUCAGUCCCCUGGCGUCCAGCCCCAGCUCCGCUCAGCCGCCGCUGCCGCUGUCUUCUUCUUCUCUGAGCCCCGUCACUGUCAAAGAGGAACCGCAGGGAGAUGAUGUGGCACCUUCGUUACCUCGUUCCCUGUAAUAUGCACUCCGGGCGCGCCACCCACCUGUGCUCAAUAAAGGGAAUAUAACAUUUUUUGGAUUUUUUUUUAAAUUUUAUUAUUUUAUUUUUUUGUCGGACCUUUGGGGCCGAGACAUUGUUGAAGAACUCCUUAAGUGGCGACCGCAGUGAGAUCGGAGCAGCGUGGGACGAGGACGUGCGCCAUUCUCCGCUCCUCUGGCUGUAAAACAUCACUAACACACGACAACGCCAAGAUCCCGGACCAACACCUCGUUUUGUUCUCCCGUCGGAUAAUCCCCAAGUGUUGUCAGUAGCCGUCCCUUUGAAGUAAAUGAGGUGGCGGGAGGUGACGCCAUGCCGCUCCUCCUCUUGUUUACCUGCUGUACACCGCGGCUGGCGUCUUACACACUCCCACUGCCCCCCCGCCCCCCCCACCGUGACCCGUCAUCGUAUCGCGUUCCUCCCCUUCCUCGUUGACAAACCGGAGGGGCAACACUUUUUGUGCAAUUUUUUUUAUUAGGACCACACUACAUUCCAACAUUCAUUUAACCAUGUUUUUUGAUAUACUUAUGGCUAUAGAUGAAUAUAAUUAUAUACGUAUCUAUGUUUGUUAAUGUUUACAGGCAGAUUUUUUUUUUAUUAUUUUCACUUCAUCUCGGUGAGUGGUGUAUUUCUUUGUUUCGAUGUUGCGCAAACCUCCUUGUGAAAAUCGUCCUAUUAAGGUGAAAUACUGUAUAAUGAUAUAUAAGCGUACUGGUAUAACAUUACACAAGUACUUGUGACUUUUUGUUGGCUCAUUUAUGUGUACAUAAUUGGAUCAUGAUAUUGUAAAGUACUUAGCAACAGGGAGGCAUGGAGCCCAGCCUCUACACUUGAUUUUUCACACAAAAGAUUUUUUUUUUAAUAUAAAAAUAAGUUCCACAUUUUCUCUGAGCGGUUGUCAUGCUCAAGGGAGAGAGGGGAGGGGGGGCAGCCAGUAAGCACUGCUAUCUGAGUAUCGUUAAUCAGCCUUAAGGAAUAACUUCAGUUCCGUUGCGGCUGUCGGAACUACUGCCCUGAUGCAUUUCAAUGAUGUUUGUGUACUGUGACCUUUUUUUUUUUUUUGAUGUUGUUUGCCAAAACUUCUCUGAAAAGCACUUUCACACGCCUUUGUCAUUACACUAUUUAGUUAGGUCACACAUAUACAGAAAUGUGUAUUAAAGGAACGUUAAGUGUUUUGAAAAUGGAUACCUCUUCUUCUGGUACUAACAUAAGAAUUUAAAAUGUGUUGUGACCAAAAAAAAAAAAAAAACAUUUGGGGGGUAGAAGGAAAAAUUUGAACAACUGCCAACCUGGUGUUGAAGAAAUGGUGAAUUACCGGUAGUUUCAUGACACACAGUCCAGUAGAGUGUACAAAAUACAACCUGUACAGUGUUUUUAAAUUGCUCAUCUGUCAAAAUCUUUUGUAUUUAUUGCACCACAUUUUAUACUAAUUGCUUUGUCAAACACCGGUGCAGUAUCCCCUGUUCCCACCGUGUGACAUUUAAAAAGGAAAAAAAAAAUCUGAUGGGGUUCACGUAUUAUACCUGUAAUUAGUGCAUUGUUUUUGUUUUUGUUUCCUACAUAGGUGUAAUGAUUCCACAUUAGCCGCUGUUAAUGUGUGGUGACUUGUCACUGUCACUGUAUUUGCUGUCGGUUGUCGGUUGCUGGCAGUUCAGUAUUGGAAUGUUUAUCGUCACGCCUCAGCCUUGAUCAUGCUCCCCGGGUUUUAGGGUAUUUUGUUUGUUUUAACCUCGCUAGGUGACACUUAAGUUGGUGUCAAUGCACAAUGACUUAUUUAGGAAAUUUCACUUAUGUAAAAGGGUUUACAAAUGGGGUGGGGGGGCAUUUAACAACUUAAUAUUUGGACAAAUUAUGGCUCUCGGUUAAGAUGCACCCUAUUGCCAUGUUCUUUUUCCGCCUACGUGUGUAACAUUGUCUCAUUUGUCGGCCAUUUCCUUCAGUGAUGUAAAGUGCCAUGAAAAAGUAUUUGCCCUCAUGUUAAAUUCUGAUAUAUAUACAGUAUAUAUAUACUGUGGGUAUAUAUAUAUAUUGCAUAGUUUAAUGUGUUCGAUCCUCAAAUAAGUGUCAUUAUCAGACAAAGAGAAACCAAGUGGAUGCAAAAUACAGUUUUUAGCGGGAAAAAAAUUCAAAGCUGUGGAGGUUUCCACCUUGGAACACUGCUAUUGAUGUUAUUUUUGCACUCCUCUUCCUUAUUGUUGAGUCAUGAGGGGAGGGAGGUUAGCAGUUUUUUUUUUUUAAUGUUGUCCUAGGUUCCGUUGCAACCUCCUUGAUGAAUCGUUGCUGUGCUCUUGGGGUAAUUUAUGUAGGCUGUUUACUAUGGUUUCAUGGUUGUACCUUUUGUUAAUCGUAGCUCUCACUGUGGUUCACCAAAGUCCGAACGCUUUAGGAAUGACUUUGUAACCCUUUCCAGUCUGAUCGACGUUUAACUUCAUUUCAUAUCCUUCAGUAUUACGUGUACUGUAUUUCUUUGGAUUGUUGCAUUUUGUUGCAGCAUUAAAAAAAAAAAAAAUGGGCCAACUUAAUUUUGUCAGACAGAAUGGAUGGAAGGGUUCUAUUUAGUGAACAGCUCUCCAAAAAAUGUGAUUAGGCGCAGUUAAUUCACGAGUUAACAAGGGGAGCAAGUCCUUUUUCCACGGAGAGUCAGGUAGCUUUGAAUAAAUUAAAUCACCAUAGUCAGCUCAGCUUGACUGAGGACACCAUUUAAAAAUGUCAUUUUAUUAUCGUUUGUGUGAUAAGCGGGGGAACUAUGAAAAAAAAAUAAUUUGAGAAGAGAGCAGGUUAUUCACAGCACUGUACAUGAUGCAUUUCCCCCCCAGUGCUUUCCUCUCAACUUAGUCAUCUGUUAUCCAGGCACUUUUCACACUCAAGCAUGUCACCACCCCAAACUUGAAUGUUAUUAUUUAUUUGUGUGUUAUUUUAAGUGUGGACCACAGGCAUUUUUUGUUGUUGUUGGUGAAUCAUAAUGGCAUGACUGGGCUUUGCCGUUUCAAGGUGACUGUUAAGUUGAACUGCACGUUUGAAUCUUAAAAUGCCUCAUCACAGCACAAUUUCUAUUUCUUUGUUAUACUUUUCUAUCAUAAAGGCAGCGGCCAUUCCCCCCCAUUCACUCCCCACAUGCGGAUUGCAUGAUGUCGCUCAGCGCCAUUUUGCCCUCUCUGCUGAUACAGUGGCAGUAUUAGAACACUUAAUUUGUGUGUUGCAUCAUUUAGUGUAACUGUACUUCACAAAAAUAGUGUUUUGUUUUUUAGUGCCAUUAUUUUGUGAAAAAGCCCCCCCCGCCCCAGCAUGUUUGUUCCUUUGUAAGUGACCCUUGAAGCUUCAGACUUACUUUUCAAAGCAUCAUGGAAUCCUUUUUUAAAAACCUAUUCUAACAACUAGAAUCAGCCACCCCUCUCGUGCUUUAAAAUUUGCAUUCAUUGCUGGCUGUUGUUGAGUUUUUGAUUGACAGGCAGUCACAGAGAAGAAUUGGUGUUGUGCUGAAUAGAACUCACUGGCAAAGCACUCAAAUGUUUUUUUCUAGUAGAAUGACGUUGAUUUACUAACUGGGGUCAUAUCUAUCUCUCUUGGUGUUGCUUCAAUGAAAAACGUGGAUGAACACGACCAUCAUGUUGAUUACUUGUUCAACCUGUGUUACUGCAUAUUGUUGGCGAACCUGUAAAUAGCCUUGCAUUGUAUUUGCAUAGAAUCAUGUUACUGUGGCGUGCUAUUUUUAUUUUAUUGCUUUGCUUGUACAAUUCCGCUUCUAAAUGUCCGUGACUGUUGGGAAGACACUCUUUUUGUACAUGACCGUCUUUUUAUUUGAAAAUAUGACUUCUGUCCUUUUUUCAUUCAAAAGUUGAGUUGGAAGAGUUCAGACAUGCCUGAAGUUUGACUUUAAUAAAGCUGUACUCUGUCUCAGUGAA